AUGGUACCGCCGGAGAAGGAAACCAUCGGCGAGCUGUUCGAUGACAUCGGGAUCAACCGGUACUACGGUUGGUACGAGGUCACCGGCGGCCUUGUCGAGGCUGAGCAGCUGCUGGAGGACGAGUUGGUCCGAUGGGAGAAGAAGUACCAGAAACCCUUGGUCAUGCUGGAGUACGGGGCCGACACGGUCACCGGUCUACACUCGAUCACAAACUCGCCCUGGUCCGAAGAGUUUCAGUCGAGCUCUUACGACAUGUAUCACCGCGUCUUUGAUCGGGUCGAUGCGGGCGUCGGCGAGCAGGUGUGGAACUUUGCCGAUUUUGCCACGGGUCCGGGCAUCUUCAGGGUCGACGGGAAUAGGAAGGGUGUCUUUAGCAGGGACAGGAGGCCGAAGAUGGCCGCCCAUACGCUGCGCAAGAGGUGGACGCGGGAGGGGCAGUAG